UGAGUUUUACAUCUAACCAUUUUUUUUUUUAAUGAUGUUAAGCCUGACCUUUACUGGUAUCAUUGUGACUAGAGAGAUUACGGAAAACUGACAGGAAUGUCUUUUUCUUCCCCACUAGUUCGCUGUAAAUUUUCGACAAAGUCCGUCAAGUUUUUCACGUAUGAGGAAAUUUUCCAAAUGUUGGCAAGGAAAAAAAUCAAUGAACACAUGUGGUCAAAAAUUUAAAAAUCGUGGAUACGAUCUGUAGAUGACACAUUUGUGCUUUGGAAACACAAUUAUGGCCAUCUAAAGAGAUUCUUAUAACAUCUAAAUAUUAAAAAUGCCAACAUACAGUUCACAGUAAAAAUUGAAAAAACGAACAUCUAUCUUUCUUAGAUGUACUAGUUGACACGGCACCGCCGUGAAAUAGCCGAAUUGUAAAUUCGACACAGAAAUGUACAUAAAAGCACAAAUAUCGACAGAUACCUAUAACCGAUUCAUACUAAUACCCUACACAGAAAAUGAAAUUAAUAUAUACAAUGGCUAUAACAACUGUAAGAAUAGCUAAGACGAUGUAAAAGAAGAAUAAACGUAUCUACGGCAAUGAAUUUAAAAUAAUGGCUAUGCGAUUACAAACAUUAAGAAAAACAAAGAAGACGAUAAGAUUGGAACUCUUAUUUUUAUGUACGUACAAAAAUUUCUGAUAACAUCUCAAGAAUCACUAAAAAAUGCAAAACAAGAACCGAACACAGGCAUAGAAACACUACUUACGAAUUUCGAAGGACGCUUUAGCGUAAUUACAAAAACUAGGUGACUAUAAAAUUGUUCAUAUGACAAGUUAUAUAUUAGAGAACAGGAAGAGAAUGCAACAAAAACAUGAAAAAGGUCGAGACUAUCAAAGAGCGAAAAAUCCGUAGUAUCUUAACACGCCAAAAACAGUGGACACAAAAUUAGAUUUGACGAGUUCAACAUUUUAAAUAAAGAUGCUCAUUCUUGUAAACAUGUUUAUUAGAAGUGAUGAAAAAUCGAAAAAUGCCAAAAAAACCAUAGUUGAGAAGACGAAUGGAAAAUUAUUAAGAUUGUUACCUAUAAUAUACCAAGAAAAAAUAUACCAGGUAAAAAAGAAAAAACAUAAUAUGUGAUAAAGUUAAUUCGAUUUAUCAGAAAUUCGCCGGUGUAGAAAAGGAAGAUUAAAAUAUCAAGAAAUGACGAAAAUAGCAAUCUAAAACUAAUCGCAGAUAAAAACAACAUCAAUAACAGACUGUCGUUAUCAACAACAAAAAAUAAUCAUGACAUUAUCGCUUAUCAUCCGAUUACCAAUAUAAAAAUAAGCCAUGCAAACACAGUGAUAAAGAGGCAGUCUGGAUUUCUAGAGCCGUUUACACAAUACAAAGCAAAGCUGCAACAUAGUUACAACUUCGGACCUGUAAUUUUGCUCCAAAUAUGAAUUUUACAACGAGUUCGAAACAUCAGCACAAAACUUUAUAAAAUUUAUAAGCUAAGUGACAAUUUUGGACGAUAAACAAUAAAAAUGAAAUAAUAGAUGCUGUUAAGAAUCAUCGAGUUGUGAUAAUAGCUGGCGAUACAGGUUGUGGGAAGUCAACUCAAAUUCCUCAAUAUUUAUCGAAUGCUGGUUAUAAGUGUAUUGCUUGCACGCAACCACGUAGAAUAGCUUGCAUAUCACUUUCCAAAAGAGUUGCUUAUGAGUCCAUGUCUACUUUUACCAAUGAUGUUGGCUAUCAAAUACGAUUUGAGAAGACAGUAAAUAAAAACACAAAAAUUUUAUUUUUAACUGAAGGAUUAUUGCUGAGACAAGUAUGUGGAGAAGAUUUGCUGUCGCAAUAUGAUGUUAUUGUUUUGGACGAAAUACAUGAACGUCAUUUACAUGGCGAUUUCUUGUUAGGAGUGAUGAAGUGCUUGUUACAACAACGAUCUGAUGUUAAACUUGUUCUUAUGUCUGCUACCAUUAAUGUGGAUUUAUUUAAUAAAUAUUUUUCUCCUUUGGCUAAACUAAUACAGGUUCCGGGUCGCUUGUACCCUAUAAAACUAGAAUAUCAUCCAAUUAUUAGUGAAAUGAAAGUUCUUGGUAAAAAAUCCGAACGUUUUGAUCCGUCACCAUUUGUAAAAAUUCUACAGAUGAUCGAUAAAAAAUAUUCUAAGCACGAGAGAGGUGAUGUGUUAAUGUUUUUGAGUGGUAUGGCUGAAAUUACGGCUGUGGCAGAUUCAGCACGGGUGUACUGUGAAAAAGCAGACUCUUGGAUCAUCUUACCUUUACAUAGUUCUAUGUCUUUAGAUGAACAAGACAAAGUUUUUGACUAUGCACCAGAAGGCACACGGAAGUGCAUUAUAUCAACAAAUAUUGCCGAGACUUCAAUUACAAUUGAUGGCAUAAGAUUUGUAGUCGAUUCCGGUAAAGUGAAAGAGAUGAGCUAUGAUUCGGCAAGCAAAGUACAGAGACUUAAAGAGUUUUGGGUAAGCAAAGCAAGUGCCGACCAACGUAAAGGAAGAGCAGGUCGUACUGGCCCCGGAGUUUGUUACCGUUUGUAUUCCGAGGAUGAGUUUGAAUCUAUGGCUGAAUAUAGUACACCUGAAUUACAAAAAGUGCCUUUAGACUCUCUUUUGCUUCAAAUGGUAGCUAUGGGCUUACCAAAUGCUCGUUUAUUUCCAUUUAUCGAACCGCCGCAGCCAGAAAGCGUGGAAAAUGCUAUUGAAUCAUUAAAACAAUAUGGUGCUAUAACAAAAGAAGAGAAACUGACUCCUAUUGGUAACAUGUUAUCUCGAUUACCUGUCGAUAUACCUCUUGGGAAAAUGCUUAUUAUGGGGUCUCUUUUUGAUCAGUUAGAACCUGUUUUAUCUUUAGCUUGUGUACUAUCAGUUCAAACACCUUUUACAAAUAAAGCCUAUAAAGAUCCCGAAUGCGAGAGAGCUAGAAUGGAUUUGGAGUCUGACCAUGGGGAUCCAAUUAUUUUAUUGAAUGCGUUUAAACAAUGGUUAGAGUUAAAGAGUGAUGGACAAAACAUUAAUACCCGUCAAUGGUGUAAAAGAAGAGGAUUCGAAGAACAGCGUUUCUAUGAAAUGACAAAGUUGCGUCGACAGUUCAAAGAUCUAUUAGACGAGUGUGGUUUGGUAAAAAACGAUGAAAAAAAUAUGGACGAUAUGACUAGUGCUGAAAGAGCUCUAAGACACGGCGAAUUGAAGUUAUUGCGUGAUAUGAAAAAAACACAUAAAGAAGAAGAGUCAAGAAAGCGAAAAGUAUUAAAAAAAGACGUUUGGGAAGUUGAAGAAAAUGUAGAUACGGAAGAUGAUACUGUUGAUAUAAGAGACAUUGAUUUUCGACUUAGACAUAAUCAACGUCAAGUUAAGCAAUUAUUAAAAGGAACUACAGCAAUUAGUUACAAAGAUUUAAUGAUGUUAAAAAUAAUUUUAAGUAGUGGUUUAUAUCCUCAUAUAGCUAUAGCUGACGAAUUCAAUUCUUGUAAGACAACUAAAGAACAUUUAUUUCACACUGAAGGUAAACCGUUUGUUUCACUUCAUCCUAUGAGCUAUUUUGGUAAUCAUUCCGAAGUACUACAGUUGACUGAAUUAGAUGUACAACAUGUUCCUGAUUUUAAAAGCAAAAGUACUAUCAGUUCGAAACAUCAAAUUUUGAUUUACAUGUCUUUGCUAGAAACUACUAAAGCGUACAUUAUGAAUUCCUUAAGAAUGCCCGCUAUACAGACUCUUUUGUUAUUUAGCAGAAAUAUUUGUACCAAUAAGAAUUUUUCCCAAGUAGUUUGUGAUUCCUGGUUACUAUUGGAGUUUCCACUGUCGGAGGCAGCUGAAACGUUAAUAGUUAGAGCAUCUAAGCUACGAAAUACUUGGGAAAGACUACUCAAACUGAAAUUAGAUGAAAAGAGUAAUAGAAAAGCCGAAAAACAGUUAGCAGAUGAUAUGGUUCGAUUCAUGUACGCUGAUGUUGGUUAUACGAUUAAGCGUUUAUUGGCUGCAGACCAAAAAGUCUUAUAUCUUGGCCCUACAGGCGAAGACGUCCAAUUUUCUGGUUGCAAUCCUUUCAGUGAUGUGGAUUGGCAUGUAUGUGAAGAUGAUAAAUUUGGUGGUCUUCGGUUAUCACCUUAUUUGACUUAUGAUUGUUUGACGGGUCAAAGUCAAGAGGUCUACGAACCAUGGCUUUGUCCCUUUUGUGAAAAUACAAUAGAAAUAAUGAGUGCACUCGAAAGGCUGCAACAUAAACAAGUUUGCCACUCUCAAUGUAUUAGUGACUCAACACAAGGUGAUAUUAAUGAUCAAACAAUAAAAUUGAAACCUAAUGCGAAAAAAUAUGAAUGUGAUCAAUGUUCAGAAGUUUUGUAUUUGACACCAACUGAUAUUUUAAAGCAUAAAAAAUCACAUUUACAGUGAUGCUCAUUAUUUAAUUAUAACUAAUUUUACAAAUAUUCUCAAAACAUUUUACAAUUACUAUGAACACUUAAUUUAUUAUACCAUUUUUUUAUACUACAAGAAUAAUUACUUUCAUUAAAUCAAUUUCGUUGUUA